CCCUGGACGUUAGGAGCCACCGCUGCCCUCUCGGUCACCUGAAGCCCUCUCCACCUCCUGCCCUCGCUCGGAGCCCCUGCCCCGCUCGCCGCCGGACCCUGGCAUGUCAAGGCCUGGCUCGCGCCUGCCUGCCCAGCCCGCGGAACCCCGGCGGCCCCGCGAGCUAGGAUGAGGGGCCAGGCCGCUGCCCCGGGCCCUCUCUGGAUCCUCGGUCCGCUGCUGCUGCAGCUGCUGCUGCUGGGGCGUGGGGCGCGUGCGGCCUCGGGGGCAGACGUGGGGCCCGGGGCCGAGCCGUGCGCCACGCUGGUGCAGGGCAAGUUCUUUGGGUACUUCUCGGCGGCCGCCGUGUUCCCAGCCAACGCCUCGCGCUGCUCCUGGACCCUGCGCAACCCGGACCCGCGGCGCUACACGCUCUACAUGAAGGUCGCCAAGGCGCCCACGCCCUGCAGCGGCCCUGGCCACGUGCGCACCUACCAAUUCGACUCCUUCCUCGAGUCCACGCGCACCUACCUGGGCGUGGAGAGCUUCGACGAGGUGCUGCGGCUCUGCGACCCCUCGGCGCCCUUGGCCUUCCUGCAGGCCAGCAAGCAGUUCCUGCAGAUGCGGCGCCAGCAGCCGCCCUGGGACACUGACCUCGGCCCGCCGGGCGGGCCCCCCGGCCCUGGCGACGACUUCUCCGUGGAGUACCUGGUCGUGGGCAACCGCAACCCCAGCCGGGCCGCCUGCCAGAUGCUGUGCCGCUGGCUGGACGCCUGUCUGGCCGGCAGCCGCAGCUCGCACCCCUGCGGCAUCAUGCAGACCCCCUGUGCCUGCCUCGGCGGGGACGCCAGUGACCCUGCCUCCAGCCCCCUGGUCCCCCGUGGGGACGUCUGCCUGAGGGACGGCAUGGCUGGUGGCCCUGAGAACUGCCUCACCAGCCUGACCCAGGACCGGGGCGGGGAUGGCACCCCAGGCGGCUGGAAGCUGUGGUCCCUGUGGGGCGAGUGCACGCGGGACUGCGGGGGAGGCCUGCAGACGCGGACGCGCACCUGCCUGCCCGCGCCGGGCAUCGAGGGCGGCGGCUGCGAGGGGGUUCUGGAAGAGGGCCGCCUGUGCAACCGCAAGGCCUGCGGCCCCGCCGGGCGCACCAGUUCCCGGAGCCAGUCCCUGCGGUCCACGGAUGCCCGGCGGCGUGAGGAGCUGGGGGACGAGCUGCAGCAUUUUGGGUUCCCGUCCCCGCAGACAGGUGACCCCGCGGCCGAGGAGUGGUCCCCGUGGAGCGUGUGCUCCAGCACCUGCGGCGAGGGCUGGCAGACCCGCACGCGCUUCUGCGUGUCCUCCUCCUACAGCACGCAGUGCAGCGGGCCCCUGCGGGAGCAGCGGCUGUGCAACAACUCCGCCGUGUGUCCAGUGCAUGGCGCUUGGGAUGAGUGGUCGCCCUGGAGCCUGUGCUCCAGCACCUGUGGCCGCGGCUUCCGAGACCGCACGCGCACCUGCAGGCCGCCCCAGUUUGGAGGCAACCCCUGUGAGGGCCCCGAGAAGCAAACGAAGUUCUGCAACAUUGCCUUGUGCCCUGUGGAUGGAAACUGGAACGAGUGGUCGAGCUGGAGCACGUGCUCCGCCAGCUGCUCCCAGGGCCGGCAGCAGCGCACACGGGAGUGCAACGGGCCUUCAUACGGGGGCGCAGAGUGCCAGGGCCACUGGGUGGAGACGCGAGACUGCUUCCUGCAGCAGUGCCCAGUGGACGGGAAGUGGCAGGCCUGGGCAUCGUGGGGCGGCUGCAGUGUCACCUGUGGGGGCGGCACGCAGCGACGGGAGCGUGUCUGCCUGGGGCCCUUCUUCGGGGGAGUGGCCUGCCAGGGCCCGCAGGAUGAGUACCGGCAGUGCAGCGCCCAGCGGUGUCCUGAGCCCCAUGAGAUCUGUGACGAGGACAACUUUGGUGCUGUGAUCUGGAAAGAGACCCCAGCGGGAGAGGUGGCCGCUGUCCGGUGUCCCCGAAACGCCACGGGCCUCAUCCUGCGGCGCUGUGAGCUGGACGAGGAGGGCAUCGCCUACUGGGAGCCCCCCACCUACAUCCGCUGCGUCUCCAUUGACUACCGAAACAUCCAGAUGAUGACUCGGGAGCACCUGGCGAAGGCGCAGCGUGGGCUGCCCGGGGAGGGCGUUUCCGAGGUAAUCCAGACGCUGGUGGAGAUCUCCCAGGAUGGGACCAGCUACAGUGGGGACCUGCUCUCCACCAUCGACGUCCUAAGGAACAUGACGGAGAUCUUCCGGAGGGCCUACUACAGCCCCACUCCCGGGGAUGUGCAGAACUUUGUCCAGAUCAUCAGCAACCUGCUGGCAGAGGAGAACCGGGACAAGUGGGAGGAGGCCCAGCUGAUGGGCCCCAACACCAAGGAGCUGUUCCGGCUGGUGGAGGACUUUGUGGAUGUCAUCGGCUUCCGCAUGAAGGACUUGCGGGACGCGUACCAGGUGACGGACAACCUGGUUCUCAGCAUCCACAAGCUCCCUGCCAGCAGAGCCACAGACAUCAGCUUCCCCAUGAAGGGCUGGCGGGCCACAGGCGACUGGGCCAAGGUGCCGGAGGACAGGGUCACUGUGUCCAAGAGCGUCUUCUCCACAGGGCUGGCAGAGGCCGACGACUCGUCCGUGUUUGUGGUGGGCACCGUGCUCUACCGGAACCUGGGCAGCUUCCUGGCGCUGCAGAGGAACACGACCGUCCUGAACUCCAAGGUCAUCUCGGUGACUGUGAAGCCCCCGCCUCGCUCCCUGCUCACACCCCUGGAGAUCGAGUUUGCCCACAUGUACAACGGCACCACCAACCAGACCUGUAUCCUGUGGGACGAGUCGGACGUGUAA